AUGCCUGAACCACGUUCGUGCCAUGGAGCUGUUGUUGUUGAUGAUAAAGUUCUUGUUUUUGGAGGACAGGGAAAGGAUAGCAAUGUUUUGUCCAGUGUUUUGGAAUUUAAUCCAAGGACUCUUACAUUUAAGGAAAUGCCUCCAUUACCUCAUCCAUUGACUGAAAUGGCAACAGUUCAAUGGAGAGAUCAAGUUGUUCUUCUUGGAGGUUGUGAUGGAAAAAAAGUAAUGAACAGUGUUCUCAUGUAUGACUGUAAAACAGGAAAAAUUACAGUCUUACCAUCCAUGUUAGAAAAGAGAAGAUUCUGUUGUGCAUUUAUAACUGGUGGUACAAUUGGUGUCAUGGGAGGUCUGAAUGAUAAAGGUGAAAAACUUAAAUCAGUGGAGUGUUUCGAUAUGGUAAGUAGUUCUUCAUGGACAUGUCUUCCUUCAAUGAAUAAACCGCGAAGGGGAGCCAUUGCUGAAGUUUUACCAUUUGGGCAAAAUUAUGUCUAA